AUGCAGACGCGGUUUUUGGAUCAGGUUUGCCAUCGUAAGCUUACAUCGAGCAAUGGUCUCAUAUUUGCCUGGAUAAAGACCGAUGUCGUCGAUUCUCAAGUGGAAAAGCUUCUUGUGACGAGUCCGAAAUUUGGCGUCUCGUGUGAACAACAGUGUUCACUGCGUAGCACUGCUUUGCUGUUGAAGCACAACGGUGAUGCCGGUGCAUUGCCGCUUUUGCGGCGAUUUGUACAGCUCUUGAGAUGGCGUACUCGAAGAAUCUUUCCACGCACCUCAGCUGCCGUACUUGCCACAGAGGAAGCGUCAGUAGUACAAGCGUGCUGGACCAGUUACCAUGAUUGGGCCACCCCUGCUGCUCUUUCUGCAGCGGUUUGCUAUGACGCUGCUGUAAGGUGGCAAGAGACUCUUUCUGGAUGGACUCAAACGAUGACGAUGCAGCAACACCAUCUGCCCAUCAUGCACACAUUGUCUUCUGAGUUGGCGGGCUGCUACACUCGUCAGCAGUGUACUGUCUUGCGCGCGCAACAGAAUGCAAUGGCACCUAUUCGCGACAGGACCAUCGCAGGAACUGCUUCUAGCUCACACAUAGAAGGCGAGAGUGCACGUGGCUUCGAACAUAUCGCUUACUAUUUUUGGGCGCAUGCGACAUCUUCUGCUGACGCCAGCUCAAGUUGCGCGGUGGAUAUGCAAUGCCCAACUGGAUACUGUCAAUGGAUACGAGAGCAAUGUUGGCGUCAUAAACAAUGA